AUGAUGGUAGGCAAUGACAUGAACGACGACUCUAUCCACCGCGUAGAAGAAAAUCUAAGGAACGAAAAAGGGGUUUUAAGCCGGCCGCUCAAGCCCGAAUUUUCGCAGCCUGGACGAGGUCCCGAGGCCAGUCUGGACGAGGUCCUCGCCAGCUACAAGUGCCCCCACCCGAUCGAAGUGGGUGAGGCAGUCGUCGAGAUCCCUGCCGCGCACGGACGCUACGAGCCUCCUCCCGGGCUCGUGGAGGACGAAACAGUCGUGGAGGACGAAACAGUCGUGGAGGACGAGGUCGCCACCAAAACCCCUAUCGCACAUCGACGGUGCGAGCCCUCGUCUAGACUCGCCGCAGCCGUCGGUCGCCCAAGCCGUCCGUUCCUCGAUCCUGACGCUUCUGUCGCUGCUGCUCCUUCCUGGCCUCCCGUCAUUCGCUACCAGUGUGUCCGAGAUUCAGGAUAUGUUGUCAGUGAUUGA